AUGAGCUUUUCUCCACCCAGAUUCACAUUCUCUAAAUCUUCAUCCUCUGCAAACAUCAGAACUUCAUCAUCUUCUCGUGGCGGUGAUGGAGACUCAAAUGCUCCCGGGCAAGUGUCACCGAGUGCGCCACGCUCGUUGCCGACAACCUCGCCGCCACCAAUCUUCACAUUUCAGGGUCUUAAUCUGGAAAGUCCAUCGGAUGGCGCCAGCUACUCCAGUAGAUCCAGAAGAGAAAGAUCAUCUCUAACUCCAACUCGCUCUCUCUCGACCUAUGCCGACCAGCAUAAUGCUUCCCCAAGCCCCAGACCAAUUCGCGCCACAAGCUCGCAAGGCAGUCGAGCUCAAACCAAAACAAGAUCCCCACCAUCCAGGCUGUUUAGUAACCACAAUACCAGGGAGCCCAUAGCCAGAUCAGAGGUUUCGGAAAUCGACACAGAGCAAGUAAAGAUUCCCGGUGCAUUUCCUGGAAGCCGUUAUAGCUCGGAAAACCGUACCCCGGCAUCCGCAAAAAGUCCAAGCACUAUUCGCAGGGAGCUGCUGCCUUCGGCUCCCAUUUAUAACGGUCGCUUGCAAGAUGGACUGAAGGAUGUGAAGAGCAUGCUCGCCUGUCUUGCCGAUAUGAUGCGCGUUUCUGAACUAGCACAAGACCAAUACUCUAGCUUGAACAACCAUCUGCGACAGACAGAGAAAGCGAGCAAAUUUAAUUGUCCAGAGACACGAACUGUGGGAAUAAUUGGAGAUUCUGGAGUUGGCAAGAGCUCUUUGAUCAAUUGCCUUCUCGACCAAAAUGGUCUUUCUCGCUCGAGUAGCAAUGGAGCUGCUUGCACCUGCGUGGUGACUGAGUUUCGAGCAAUAGACGACAACCACUCCGGACCGUUCACCAUCCAGGCAGAGUUCAUGACCACACAAGAAAUGAGAGAACUUAUCGAAGAGCUCCUUGUUAGCUUCCGUCAGUUUUACGUCGCUUCUGCAUACCGCGAGCUUGAAGGCCCAGACCAACAGAACUGUCGGUCUUCCGCUGACCGGGCCUGGGAAACAUUUCAGAGCUUAUUCAAGGGCCAGCCAAGCCUUACCAUUGAAUUUCUAUCCGACGACACUACCAACGCUUACCCAAGGAUUCUUGAGCAGCUAGAGCGCUGGGCUUAUAUUGGAUUAGCUCGCCGACCAGGUGGGCCCGAUGCCCUGGAGCAUUCUGUCAUCGCAGGAGAUCUCAAGGAGUGCGCAGAUUGUCUUGAUUUCCUCGCAGCGGAUUCUAAAGAAGACAACGCACCUGCUCUUUGGCCAUUCGUCAAAUUGAUUCGGUCCGUGCGAAACUAUAAACCAGAAAGAUAG